AUGGCGUCUUGGAACUCGGUGCCGAUGGAAGUUCUGUACCAGACGCUGGGAUGGAUCGCCUUCGUCUGCUGGUCCUUGAGCUUCUAUCCGCAGGUUCUUCUCAACUACCGGAGGAAAAGGUGAGAAAUCUUCUUGGUGCCGUUUACAGUUCGACGCUUCCCUUUUUGCUGAGUCUUUGGGUUUUCAUUUUAAUUUUGUGGUCUUCCUCGCGCUUAACAUCGGGUUGACUUGUUGUGUUCUUCUCCGGUGGCUUGGGGAAAUCACUGAUUUCAUGCAGCGUGGUGGGGCUGAACUUCGAUUUCCUAGUGCUCAAUCUGACCAAGCACUCGUCGUAUCUCAUAUACAACGCGAGUCUCUUCUUCAGCUCCACCAUCCAGAGGCAGUACCGCGAGAAGUACGGUUCCGGCGAGGUCGGUACUAACUCAGGGGGGCAUAUUUCCUUCAAGAAUGAUUAUGUCCGUUCAUUUAUGCUCUGGGCGUUUCUAUUUUAUGCUUAUAAGAUUUUUUUUAGUGAAUUAACGAUACUUCAAUUCGCAGGUAAAGUUGUAAAAUUUUGACAAUAAAAUCACUUCCCAGGUUGUACUUGGCUGUUUACCUUAGACCGAGGACUUAUUGGUAUAUCACUUUCACAGUCACAGAAAGCUCGUACCCUCAAUACGAGCCAGCUGGAUAUUGUGUUUUGGAGACUAUUCAUUCACCUCCCGUAAAUGUGGGUUUUGAGUGCAUUUUUAUUUUCAACUCCAAUUCUAUGGAUCUCAUUCAGGAUCCAUUGUUGGCGGCAUAUAGCAUCGUUCUACACAUGGAGAUGCCACAAAAUGGGGUUGAAAAUGUCAAAUAUAUGAUCCUAACAAGUUCAUUCAUUCAAGACAAAGAACAAAAGAUAAAAUUUUCGUAAAAUUGAGUAAUUAGGUAACAAGGAGUCGUUGAAUUUUUAGUCGUGCAAUGGAUGGCCACACAGUAAUCUAGAUAGAGCAUGUUAUUAAGGAAGAUCUUCAGUGGAUGCAUGAGGUGUUGUGAUCCUUUUUACUCUUUAGAGGGUAUCUGAGGCCAAAUAUUAAAUUGAUUGGCGUUUUGUGCCUGUCUACAUAUGGUGGCACAGUAGUCAAUAUAUUUUUAUUUUUUUUUCUACUUCUAGGAUUUCUCUGGGAAUAGUUUUUCAAUAUUUUUCGAAGUAACCUUAUAAUUGGGGACACGAAUAAGGCAGUUCAAAUAAUUAAACCUUGGUGGUUUUUCCUUGUCUUCCUGCAUUUUGGAAGCUUUCUUCAUCAUCAUCAUGUUGCUGAUCGUUAUGAUGUGUUUUGUUUUCUUUCAUGGGCAGAUGAUUCCUGUGGCCGCAAAUGAUGUAUGUUUCUCAAUACAUGCUGUUUUGCUAACAGGAAUUACAUUAUUCCAAGUUCUAAUAUACGAUGUAAGACACUCUACCUGGUUUUAUUUCUAUCUUUUCCUCAGAUAUCUGCCUAACUCUGCCACAUCUACAGCGCGGGACCCAGAAGGUCUCAAAGACGUGUAUUGGAAUUUCUUCUAUCGUGUGGGUUACUGCUAUAGUAUGCUUAAUUGUUGCAUGGCCAAGUGAUUCCUGGCUGUGGCUUGUCUCUGUGUUCAAGUAAGCAUUCCCGGCUCACUGCCAUUCUCUUUCAGAAUAACAACGCUGACACACAGCCAUCUGAUUCUUUGGUUUUUUUUAUUUUUAUGCACAAUCUAUCUACUGCAGCACAAUACAGGUCGUCAUGACUGCCAUCAAAUAUAUCCCACAGGUAGGGUUGGUUCUUAUUACUUAUCAUAGUAUCAUUUUUGGGCCCUCUUCGCUCUGAGAGAUUGUUCAAGCAUUCCUUAUUUUUUCUUUUUUCUUGAUUUUGUUCUCGUGGUGUUUACCCAAAGGAAAUGGAUUAUAUGCAUUAUGUUUCUCCAAGGAACUGUAAAAUUAUAGUUUGAAACCACUUGAAGUUUAUUUUGCAUAGAAAGUCCUACAUUUUUUGACCUUGGAACCGCCAAAUGAAGGUGAGUUAUUCAUCCCCAGUUAAUGUGAAACUCAUGACUUUGGAAAAAUGUUGUCAGCUAUUGGAUCCUCAGUCUGAAAAAGAGCAGGCACAUCCCCAGUUAUAGUGUCAUUUUUUUUGUUUAUCUUAAAGGAUACCUGCCAUUGCGUAUCUUGAUUUACCUUGUUGCCUUUUAUUUAUUUAUUUUAAUCUGAACUCCAUACGAGACUGAUUAAUUUUCCGUAAAACUUAUCCCUUAAAAGGGAAAAAAUGAUAAAUCCGGUCCGAUGGGCUGUUCUUCACUAACCACAAGGUUAUAGGUACUCUAUAUUUCAUCUUCCCUUCUACAGCUGAAGUAAUGGGCAGAUGGUUUCCAUCAGGAAAGACUUUAAGCCUAGGAAAGGAAGAACCUUACUUCUAAGCUGGCACAAGGGAUCCAAAACCAAAAGCACUAGGAAGAGAAUGCAAUCUGGGAAGGAUUAACAUGAUUGAUUCACUAUGGAAAGCCUACAUUGCUGUUCCAGCGGAAAUAUUUGGAAUAAUUCCACUACUUCUACCAGGAGUAGCGUUUUUAUUGCUAGCUGAACGUAAAGUCAUGGUUUUUGUGCUAAGUUGAAAGGGUCCUGAUGUAGUAGGAUCAUUCGUUGUUAUUCAGGAGAAUAAUGAUUUGUUCGGGGCUACAAAUAAGCUUUCUGUCCAUUUCCUUACCUCACCAUGUCAUAUUAAAAAAAUCAAAUAAGGUAUUAAUAUCUUUCAUGGACGAUGUGUACAGCAUACUUCUUUCUCUAACGCUGUGCCAGAUUUGAAAAAAACUUUAGCAAAGGUUUGUUAUUGGUUGCUAGGUUUGGGGAUUGCCCAGAAAUGUCUGUGAUGCUUAAGGGAUGCCAUGAUGGAUUUGGAAGAAGAUUCGAAAUAAAUAGAUAAAGGCCCAAUGUAGUCUUCUAAGAUUUGAUCAUAUCUCUUGAGGAUCACAAUGGCGUUACCUCAAUCCCUAAGCCCAAAAAUACUUGGCUACGCCCUUUUGUAGAUGUCUGUUUGCUGAGGUGCCCCUUUGGUUGUUCUUGUAACCUGAAGUUGAGGCAACCAUCAGAGCCUUUCCUCAAGCUCAUAUGAUGAUAGCAUCAAAUGGAGCUUUUAUCUCAAGUAUUGUGAAUAAAUGAUUUUUGGUGAUUCAAUUAGGGUUCUGUGGAAGUUUAAGAUUAGAUAGUUUUUUGUAUUGGCAAGUGGGUGGCUGCACUGAUUGAUCAUCUUCGUAUUUCGUCCUACGCUAGCUGGGUGCUCUUUUAUUGCUUAUAAGUGCAUAACUGGCUAUUUUAUUGGUGUUUAUUUGGUCCUUUUGAGUUGCUAACUAUCAUACGAAUCACCGUUAAUCGCCUAGUCAAGCAGGAAUCAUCUGAUAUGCACGCGAUUUUUCCUCAAAUUCUGAUGGACAUACACACUGGGUGGCUGAUAUAGCUUGAAAGCUAAGCCAACAAGGGGAGAAGCUCAGUUAAGAUUUACCUCAAGCUUUGGAAACACUUCCCUGCUUCUCAUGUGCCUGUAUACCGAGUUAGUCAUAUAUCAUGGAAGAAACGGACAUAUAUAUAUAUAUAUUAUAGUACAACGAUUUUACUAAUAAUUUGUUGUCCUGCAUCAGUAGAAGGAUUCAGGGGGCUGGGCAUAUUCUUUCCAUAAACCACCGCCUUUCUUGAUUGUUCAGAAGCUCUCUCCCUAAAUUUUUAAUUUCUAUAUUUUAUACCAUGGUGAAGAGAGCUGGUUGAGGCAUUUAGAACGCCGCAUCAGGUGAUUUUUUUUCUCUAAUUUAUUUCUUUCAAGAAGGGUAAAAAGCUGUUUGUAUGUUCUGUCUCAUGUGUUGACUCACCUUCAGGCUCCUUGGCAGGGGAGGUGGUUGUAGGGGCAACUCAAUCUUAUUUAUGGCCGUACUGUGAAGAUUACUCUUAUAAUAGCUAGCUGUCUUGGAAACUUACCGUCAUCUCCUUCAUAUAACAUGUAUCAACCUGAUACUUGGGACUUAUUUUCUAUAGUCUGGUUUAUCAGAUUAGAAUUUUGUUAACUAGAAUUCCUUAUGGUCUAAGAUUCAAAUUUUCAGUUGUGUAAAUUCAGGUGGAAUUACCUCACAAUGAGGAAACAGCAGUGCAUUUUAGAUUAUGAAAGUUAUCACAUAGACAUAUAUAUAUAUACAUAUAUAUAGCGUGUAAAUUCCUCUGAGAUAAAAUUGUAAUUACUUUCUAAUCUUCUCGACUUGGAAUUGCACGCAUCUUAUUUUGGUAGAAAAAAAUAUCCCAAUGAGAGAUAUUCCUUUGAUUUAUCUAUCUUAUUAUUUUUACAGUAACACGAAAGAGAUAAUUGCGUUGUCUGUUGGUAGAAUCAUCCAAUCUGUCCUGGGAUGGUAGUAUUGACAGAUACCAGAAGUUUAUGAAUUUUUUAACUACAUGUAAAUUUUUAUAUUCUAGGCUUUAGUCGUUGAAAAUUAUCUUCUUAAUGGCAUAUUUUCAGUGAUUUUAUUCAGUCUUUGAAGAGUUAUUCAUGAUCUCUAUGUUUCAACUAUUUCAUAUCAGCAUUACUAAAUAAUCUCAAGAAAAAGUAUUUCUUGCAAGUAUGUGAGUAACGACCCAUUAUAAUCUGUAUGACUUUACUAAAUCGUAUUCUAUUUCAGGCAUUCAUGAAUUUUCAGCGGAAGAGCACAGUUGGGUGGAGUAUUGGAAAUAUUUUACUCGACCUAACUGGAGGUCUCUUAAACUUUGGACAGCUGGCUGUGCAAUCUAUUGACCAGGGUAAGUUUUGCAAACCUUAUUGUUAUUUAGAUGUUGUGAUGUAUGUUUAACAAUGAUGCUGAUUAUUCAUGGAUUCCCUUCUGUCCUGGCUUGUAGGUACAUGGGUGAAUUUUUAUGGCAACAUAGGCAAGACCUUGCUUUCUUUGGUAUGUGAAUCCUUUGCUCGGACAGUCAUGUUUUGCUUUCGUUUGCUUAAAGAUCUUGCCAUGAAUCUUCCUUUGUUAUUUGCAUCAAAAAAAUAAAAUGAUGAGUUGAUAACACGAAGAAAUCAGUCUUGGAUUUAUUUCAUCGCAAAAUACAUGAUGAAACUUUAGAUGCUUGUUGAUACCUACGGGAUACAUUUUACAAAGUGUAAGUACGUUUUUAUGAGAAGAUCGCAAGUAGCAAAUGUACAAGACAGAAGAAACCACUACAGACAGUAUGAUAUUUUUUUUCUCGAACCAUAUGAUGCAUAGAUUUGGGCAAUGAGUAGAAGAACAAGAAUAUAAUAAUAAUAGGCGACUCACCUGCAUAGAUUUGGACAUAAUUCACGAAAAAACCGCCUAUAGUAGGUAGAUGGUUGGAUAAGCCAUACGCCUAACCCAAGAAAAGAAUCAACUGUUUGACGAGCUCAUCUCUCUCUCUCUCUCUCUAAAGUAGCUACACUCUUCGGGUGGUUCCAUAUGAUGCUUUUCCCUCAAUAGGGUUGAUUUUCUUUUUAAAGCUAAAAUACCUGUAGAUGGAGCUGUUAUUUUUUCACAAUUAUUUGGAAAGGCAUUGCUCUACUAAGGUUGAUGUUCUGUAUCAGAAUGAUUUACCAUUGGAAGGAAUAAACAGAUAGAUACCCUGUGGUUAUACAGAUGGGACUUUUUGAGUAUAAUGGCCUCAUAUUCGAGCGUAUACCCAGAGUCGACUGCUGUGCGUUCUUUCCAUUUGUUUUAUUUACUUUUUUCAGUUGACAAAAACCAAGAAGUUGACUUCCAGUUGAGGAGCACUGGUGGAACAAUUCCACGUUGUGAAUUGUAAAUAACAGCAUGUGGCUACAUAGACGGGCUUUCCUUUAUUUGACCUUAAUUGUUUAUUUUGUGAUUGAAUGUUGGGUCAAUCGUUUAUCAUGGAAAGGUGAGUUAAGUUUUCAGUCUUUCCAUACGAGUGUUGACCAUUCAACUCUGGUGUUUCCGUUUCCCUGCAGGAGGUGGUGUUCUUUGACAUCGUGUUCAUCCUCCAGCAUUAUGUGCUGUACCCUUUGAAGAUCGGAGAGAAGAAUCCAGUGAUCCACGAAGAGGUCAUCGCCCCUCUCAUGAAACCCUCCGAGACAGCAAACACGUCACAAGUCUGA